AUGUCAUCAACCCGAGUACCACGGCAGCAACAGCAGCAGCAGCAGCAGCAACCGGAGUUCUACGGUCCAGAUACACCAACGUUCGAUCUGAGCUGGGAUUAUAACUAUGACAGUACACUGGCCGCACCUCGGAACAAUGUGCCUCCUGUUGUCCACAGUGGCGAGAAUCGAAUAAUCACGGCGCAACCUCAAUCGCUGCAAAUCGAACGAGAUGGUGUUAGUCUACGGGUACCGCCCGCUCUGCCAGCUCGUGGUAUCCGGUCUGUUAACAGCCCAUUCCUAACGCCAUUCUCACCCCGUGCUGGACUGGACUUCCUGUACGGGCUUCCGUCGGUGUUCAUUGCACAGAGUUACGAGCUCAAUGAAUUGCUCUCGGGCGUCCAAUCCGAAAACCGUUUCACGAUCCGUGGACCAUCGAACGAAGCACUGUACGGUGUCUCAGAAAACUCCGAACCGAAAGAUCGAAUCUGGGGAUCACUACGCCCAUUCAGCCUAUCACUGGUCGACCGCAGCAAUCAGGAGGUGUUGCUGUUCAAGAAAAACCUCGGUUGUGGUGUAUUCUGCUGCUUCUGUAAGAAUCAAUUCCUUGAGGUGUGGGCAACUCCCGGGGAGUUACUCGGAUGCAUACAACAAGACUACGGAGUGCUGACGCAGGAGAUCGUCCUUUUGAACGCUGACAUCAACACGAUGUUCCGUAUACCGAUACCGUUCGUGAACGCGAUCCGCAUGCCAAAGGAGACGCACUUCCGCAUACUGGACCGAGACCGGAUGACGCAGAAGGGUACGAUCACACGCGCCUGGAACGUCAACACCGCGAGCUACACGAACAACAUCUACUACUCCGAUCCCACGAUGGACGUCAAGUUCAAAUCACUAUUUAUUGCGGCCGCUUUUAUGUUGGAGUAUCUGUACUUUCAAUCGAACUGUUGUUAGGUGCAGCAUGAUGCCACUCGAGCUGUCCACACUUCUCAGCGAAUCCACCACCCCUAUAGAAAGGUGUCACGUGUCGUUAAGCUUUCGCCAGUACCGAUCAAUCGAGCACACCCAAUGCUUUACCUAUUCGACGUAAUGAGCUUAUUUAUACUUCGUAUCUGCUUGGUUUGAUAAGAAAAUAGAAAAGUACAACUGAGACACUA